AUGAAACGUUGUCUUGAAAGUAAUGGAAAAAAAAGAUUACAAGAUGAAAGUGAUGAACAAGACAUCUGUGAUGAUUGUUGUUGUGAUAGAGACUUCCCUGAGUUAUCUAAUUUUAAAAUGAUUGGGAAGUUUGAAGGAAAAAUUAAAUUCUUCAAUGGAAACUUUGAGUUUGAUGGAAAAUUUGAUGGAACUGUUGAAUCAAAUCAAAAUGAGGUUUUACCAGAAGGUGAAGAGUGUAAUUCUGAAGAGCUUGAGUCUGCAAAAAAGAAAUUGUUAGGCACUGGUGAUAAACUUCAACUUAGCUCAAAAGAAGAAGAGGAAGAAGCACUCUCUGUUGCUUCUGACGAUUCAAGUGAAGAAGAAGAAAAACCUAAUAAAAAGCAUUAUGAUGCUGCUAAAUUACAAAAUCCACCAACUGCAGAAGAUUGCAAAACACAAUAA